AUGCUGGACGUCUUGGAAAACGUGCGCGACCAGCUCUCGGAGCUCCAUUUGGAUGCCGACCAAAUGGAGCAGGAUAUCAACGACAGAGUGAGCGAAUUUAUCACUCUGGACUAAAAAUCGCAGAUUUCUUGCCAUUUUCAAUACCGCAAAGCGAAAAUCUCCGUUCAGAAGUACUCCAUAAUCCCUCCUUUAUCGGAUUUGGAGCAGAAAUUGCUGGAGGAGGAGCGCGCGAAGCGUUCGAAGCCGUUGGAAGGUGUUCCGGAGGCCGUCGACUUUCCCCUCCAUGACAUUGUUCGCGAAAUGGGAUUGGAUCAACCGGUCGAGGGCAUCGACGCCGAGUUCUACGAGGAGUUGAAGAAAAAGGACGCGAAGACGGUGUACAAGAACAUGAAGGAGGUGGGCGAAACAAUGUUUCAUAGACAUACUGUAUAUCAAAUGGUGGGAAAUUGUAUGCUGAUCACUUUUAUUUCUAUCCAUUUUCUUGUAUCUUUCACGGUCUCCGAGACACACUCGGAAAACAGUUUUAGAUCCCCGACGCGAUCGCCCGCCGCUACCUUCCGGAUCUAGCGCGUCGGUUCGUGGAGUUCGAGAGACGCAUCAAACAGGUCGAACGAACGCUCUGGGCUCUGCCGAAAGAAGACCGUAGUCUUGAGGAGGACCGUUUUGAGAUUCUCACCGAGUUGCUCGACAAGGCCGCCCAGGGACUCGAGAUUUGGGAGGAGCACUGUGUGAGUCAAAAACAAAACAUCUCAAAUAUUUUUUCAAACUUUCAGGAGCGCAAGAUCCCGCUCGGUCACCGGUGCGUGCUCGAGGGCGAGCUCAUCCAUCUCAUCACCGCCAAAUUCGAUCUCAUCGACAAAAUCUGCGCGCAAUUCGAUAAGCUGAAGGGAAAACGGGACGAAGUGAACGACGAGCGUGAUGUAAGUGCGCCACACCGCACUUUUCCCCGAAAUCGCGUAAUUUUCAGAUGCUCCGCUACGAAAUCCGUCACUGCGAUGCGAUUUUUACGGAAAUUCACGAGAAAUUUCUCAAAUCGUACCUGGAAAUGGAUUGGUGA